AUGGCCGUCGCUCUGACUACUGUAUUAGCUGUGCUUGUUGUCAUCGCACAUCCUGAUGAUGAAAUUCUUUUUGGUGGUUUCAUUCAUGCUCUUACACAUAAACUCAAUGCAUCGGUUGAUCUUUUAUGUGUAACAAAUGGUGAAGGUGGUUAUGCACAUGCAGGAGCAUCUGAAUCAUUUGGACGAAUAGCAGGUAUUCGAAAAUAUUUCUUCUACGAUCAAUUUGAUUUAAAAUCUACUCGCGAUAUCAAUCAAAUCUUUACUGAACAAUGGAACAAAGAAUCGGUCAUUGAACAAUUUCAACGAACCAUUAAAACUGGAAAUGGUGCUGAUGGUUAUGAUAUAAUGCUUAUUAUGCUUCCAAAUGUUAAUUCACAUGAUCAUCAUACAGCAUCAGGUCUACUUGCACUCGAAGUUAUCAAACGUCUACAAGCAAAUCAAUCACCAAACAUAACUAUACCAACAGUUAUUGGUGGAUCAGAAUGUGUUUUAACUCAACCACCGAAUUAUGCUGCAGAUCCACUCGCUCAAGUUUUAACAAAUGUAAUGACACCAUUCGAAUUUCGUUUCAAUCUAAAAUGGAAAGUAAGCAAUUCGCGAUUUGUUGAUUAUCAAGCAAUUUUUUUUUGGAUGGCUGCUGAACAUAAAACUCAAGGUGGUCUUAUCAAUGAAAUUUUAUCAGAACAUGAUCGUAUUAAUGAACAGUAUUUUUACUUUGCUAUUAAUGAAGCAUCCGGUCAUAAUGCACGUCUUACAAUCAUUCAAAAUCUAUUCACUCAACUUGCAAACAUUCACCAAAAUUAA